GAGUGAUGGCGGGGCCAGGCCCGGGGAGGAGGAGGAGGAGGAGGACGAUGAGGAGGAGGAGGAGGAGGAAGCAGCCGGCCGGAACGGGAUCAGUCGGGACAAGACGCAGCUGGGAACCCCCCGGGACACCAGCCAGCGCCAGCGCCCAGGCGUCCCCUGUCCCGGUGAACACCGGGAUAACUCCCGGAGCCGAAGGAUCCCGUCCCGGAGCCGCCGGUGCCCACCGGGAGCUGCGGGGAUGCCCCGGCAGCGGGCAGUGCCCACGCUGACCACGCUGUGCCUGCAGAGCCUGGCCCAGCACAUGCAGAGCCUCUGGGCCAAGGACUACAGUGACAACUACCUGGACGAGUACGAGUUCCGCUUCCUCGUGGGCCCCUUCAACGACCUGACCUGCGGGCUGGUGCAGGAGCUGCUGAGGCUGCUGGGGACGAGCCGGCGGCUGUCGCGCGCAGCACUGCACCUGCUGCUGCUGCCACACCUGCAGCAGCUCAGCCUGCGGCCCUGCCCUGCGCUCGCCAACAACGCCCUGGGCCACCUCAUCGUCCUGCGCUGCCAGGGCCUGAGCGUGCUGGACCUGGGGGGCUGCGGGCGGCUCUCACCGUCUGUGCUGGUGGACCUGGCUGAGGGGCUGCCGCGCCUGAGCCGCCUGGGGCUGGCCCACACCCAGGCCAACGUCCAGGUGCUCUCGGCCGUGGGCUCCUGCUGCCGGCACCUGCGGGAGCUCGACGUGUCCGGCUGCAAGAAGGUGACGCCGCGUGCCCUGCGGCACCUGGGCUACGACCCCCUGGCACAGAGCCCGGGCUGCCUCACGCUCCGCGUGCUGCUGGCCCGCGACCUGGAGCACUCCGAGGAUGGGGACAUGGUGGCUGCUGUGGCCUUCCUGCUGCUGGCCCUGCCACACCUGGAGGUGCUGGCACACAGUGCCCUGCCGGACGCGCUCCGGCUGCUCCACACGCGGCAGCUGGAUGGCACCAAGGACUCUGAGGGUUUCCCCUCGCUGAAGGAGCUGGCGCAGAGCCGGGGGGCUGCACCAAAGGGACACCCGCUCACGCUGCCCCUGCGGCAGCUGGAGGAGGUGGAGGAGGACGCCCUGGGCAUCGUCCACGCCGUGUGUCCCCAAGCCGAGGAGGUCAGCGUGUGGCUGGAGGACAGUCCCGGCCCCUCAGGGCUCCGGGAGCUGCCGGACUGGGAGUGCCUGUCCCGGGUGACGCUGGGCUGCGCCGGGCGGCACGGCCGGGCGCUGGCAGAGGUGCUGCCGCUGGCACAGGGCCUGGGCACCUUCCUGCGCACCCUGACCCUGCACGGCUUCAUCUGCCGGGACCCUCUCUCUCUGCCCACCCUGCUCGCCAGCUGCCCCGGCCUGCAGAGCUUCAGCGCCGAGCUGGAAGUGCCACCAGACCCCCAUGCCCAUGCCGAGCCCCCCGAGGAACCCCCGGCCCUGCCACCAGUCUGGGCCACCGACCUGCUGCCCCACGGGCUGCCCCAGCUCCAGAGCUUCUCGCUGACCCUGGCCGGGCCCGUGCCGGCCGCGCACAGGCCGGCGCUGAGCUCCACGCUGGCCUCGCUGCUGUGCGAGGCCCCGCAGCUGCAGACCCUGCGCCUGCUGGCCGUGCCCUUCCCGCUGGACUCGGUGCUGGAGCCGGCGCUGGCGGGGCCGGCGCUGCGGGAGCUGCGGGAGCUGUCGCUGGCCGAGAGCCUCGUGUCGGCCGGCGCCGUGUGGCAGCUGCUGGGCUCCGACGGGCCCCUGCAGCGCCUGGACCUGUCCCGCUGCCCCGACAUCCACCGGCGCGACUACGACGCCUUCCUGCAGGCCGUGAGGAAGCAGCGGCUGGACCUGGACAUCACCUGGGAGUAGCGGCGUGCGUGGAGCCGGGCAUUUUAAUAAAAGUGUCCCCGUCACA